AUGGCCGACAUGACCCAGGCUCCGAUGAACGGCAACUACCCGGCCCAGCAUGGAUUCCCCGAAUCUUUCAACCCGGCCCAUGCGACCAUGAACACCGCGGCCAACUUCCAGCCCGCCCAGUCCUCUACUCCCACGACCGCCACCCCCACCACGGAGCAGCAGAAGAAUGAAAUCACUAAGGACGAGGUGGGCUGGUUCUUCGUCGAGCAGUUCUAUACCACCAUGAGCCGCAACCCAGACAAGCUGCACCUCUUCUAUUCGAAGCGUUCCCAGCUCGUCUUCGGCACCGAGGCCGAAUCGGUUCCUGUCGCCAUUGGUACCAAGGCCAUUAAUGACAAGAUCAAGGCUCUUGAAUUCCAGGAUUGCAAGGUCCGUGUCCUUAACGUCGACUCCCAGGCCUCCUUUGACAACAUCCUGGUGUCGGUCAUUGGUGAGAUCUCCAACAAAUCCGAGCCUUCUCGCAAGUUCAUUCAGACCUUCGUCCUGGCCGAGCAGCCUAAUGGCUAUUAUGUCCUCAACGAUAUCUUCCGUUACCUGGCGGAUGAGGAGGAGGUGAUUGGCGAGGACGCCGCGGCCGAGGCCACCGAGCUCCCUGCUGCCCCUGAGGCUGUGCUUGCCGUUGAUGCCCAGCUCACUGAUGAGGCCGCUGCUACUCAGUUGGACGAGAAGCUCGAGGAGACCAACGGCGAGGUCGAGCAGGCGACCGAGGAGACCAUUCCCCCCCAGACCAACGGCACCCCCGCCCUGGAGGAGGUCAUUGAAGCUCCCGUUCCCGUUGUGGAGGCUGAGCUGGUGAAGAAUGAGCAGCCCCUGACCCCGGAACCCUCUCCAGCUCCGGAGCAGAAGGAGACCCCCGCCGAGAAGGACGUCGCUCCGGCUGCUCCUACCCCGGCCGUGCCCAAGACCUGGGCCAACAUCGCCUCCAAGAUUGGUGCCAAGGCCGCUGCCACCACUGCGGCUCCGGCUGCUGCCCCCAAGGCUAACGCCCCGGCCGCGGCCGCCCCUGCUGCUGCUGCUGCUGCUGCUCCGGCUCCUGCUUCUCAGCCCGCUACUACUCCUGCUCCGGCUGCGGAGAAGGACACUACCCCGACUGACAGCGCUGGCUGGCAGACUGCUGGGGCUGACAACAAGAAGACUCAGUCUCGUGCUGGUGAGGAGCAGGUGGUGCUAGGCUACAUCAAGAAUGUGACCGAGAAGGUGGACGCUGCCCAGCUCAAGCAGGCCCUGGCCCGCUACGGCAAGCUGAAGUACUUCGACGUCAACCGCCAGAAGAACUGUGCUUUUGUUGAGUUUGCCGACCCGGCCGGCUACACGGCCGCUGUUGCAGCCAACCCCCACCAGGUCGGUGAGGAGCAGAUCGUUGUGGAGGAGCGCCGCCCCCGGGGUCCUAAUGUGAACAACGGCCCUGGUCGUGGUGCGGGUCGUGGCCGCGGUGACCGUGGUGGUAGCCAGGGUCGUGGUGGCUUCCAGGGCCGUGGUGGUUUCGCGCCUCGCGGUCGUGGUGGCAACGGAGGCCCCGUCAAGAGCCGCAACCAGGCCCCGGCUGCUUAA